AUGUUCGGACAGUGGCCCAGUAGUCCAGAGGGUCCUGCGCACAUGGUGUGGCGUGAUUACAGUGACCGUGAAAUCUACGCCGGCGCGCGCGCCUCCGCCGCUAAUUCGGCCGCCCUUCUUAUCAACCCAAAGAAAGAAUGGGAAUCUGAAGAGCAGUACCCGCGGUGGCGAACCAUGCAUGUAACGAGAACUACAGCCGGCGUCGGGAAAUACCAGAGUGCAUUGCCUGGCAGGUCGAUACUGCAGAUUUCAGGCGGAAACUUUGUGCAGAUUCCACCAUUCAGCGAAGAGGCAUAUGCCAGCAGACAAGACGGCCACGUCAAAGUAAAGUUAUGGGAGAUGGCUAAGAAUAGCAACGGGUCCCAAUUAUCGACUGUGCAUAGAUCGAGUUAA